AUGCAAAGUAAUACUAUAAAAUAAUUAUUGUUGGAUAUUACAGAAAUAAUAGAUGAUGUAAUACAUCUUUUUUGAAUUAGGAUAUAAUUGAAUCAUGUCAAUAGAUUAUUUAAGUAAAUGUAGAGUAAAUUUGUGAGUAAUCAGAAAAGUCAUAAUAUGAUUAUAUUCUUUAAGUAGUUGCUCAUUUGAAUAGGUAAUUAUAUUAUAAAUUAUACAAAGGGUCAAAAACAUCUAUGAAUUACAAUUAGAAGAACAAAUAAACAAUGAUUAUGAAACAAUGAUCCAAAAACUUGAGGCUUCAAUAAGAAAUCAUAUAGGAAUAGAAUAAUAAUAGAAAUUAUAAAUUGAUGCUUUGAUAUAAAAAAUAGAUGAAAUCACUAAUGAAAAAGAUUGUAUUAUAAAAUAAUAAUCAGAUAAAAUAAAAUCUAUGGAAUAAAUCAUUAAAGUAAAAAAAGUGAAAUUAUCAUAAGGAUCAACAUAAAAAAAUGUUAGAUAGUUCACCAAAAGAGAUUUUACAUAAAAAAACACCCUCUGCUUUUGAAAGGUUAAGUAAAUUAGUUUCUAAUAAAUCUUAAAAAAAUUUACAAAACUCAAAUAAUGAAGCAAAUUUUAAAGCAUUAUUAAAAAUAUGUAAUACUGAAAAAGAUCGUUCUCUUUCAAAAGGAAGAAAAUAACUUUCUGCUAAAAGAGAAUUAGGAUAUAAAAGAAUAAAUGAUGAAACUUAGUAAAUAAAUAUAUUUAUAAAGAAAUCUAGAACCUAAAUUGACUGAAACAUAAAGAUAAAGAGAUUCAAAAGGUGAAAAAAGACAUAGACUCUAAAAAUCAGAAAAAAUAAAUGAAUAAUCAUAAUAAUCUGUAAGUACUGAGAAACUUAAUAAAUAUACAAAAACAACAAAAAAAGAAUCUCCAUUAAUUAGAGUAUUAUUAUCUACAUAAAAAGUAAAAGCCAGAAUAAACAUUAUCUAGCCAAAGUUUUGAUUAAGUUGGUAAAAGUUUAUAAGCCUUACAGAAACAGAUUUCAAAUUCUCGUCUCUAAAAUAACCAAACUUCAUAAUUACUUAAAUUCUUAUAGAAAAAAUGAUAUUAUAUAUAUG